GCUGGAGCCCCGCCCACCAGGAGGCCCCGCCCCGCCCGCUGCAGCGCCGCUCGCUCGUCCGGCUCCCAGUGAGCCCGCGGGAUUGAGUUGCACCCUCGGUGGCGUCGGGGUUUCCCGGCUCAGCACAUUCCCCGUGACCCCCAGCCUCCCCGGUAUUAAUAGCCCUGCGCCGGCCCAUCCAGCUGGCCCGGAGCCCCUCCCCAUGCUCGAGUGUCUCCCUGAGUCACCCCAGAAAACGUUCAAAACCUCUCUGCGCCUCGGUGUUCCUGCCUGUGGAAUGGGGCCAGGGCUCCCGGUGUCCCACCGGCGCCUCCAGGAGAGGGUCAGGAGCGGUCUGCAGCCGCUGUGACUGUUGUCAUCUCCGAUGGAAGGAAACCGAGAGGGGCCCCGGCUUUCCCGAGCUCAGACGGCGCCCUAGCGGCGGAGCUGGACCUCGAACCCCGAUCUCCGUCACGGGAUCCAACCAACGCCCCCAAAGUCUGCAGGCCCCAGGCCCAGUGCAGCCUCAGACCGAUCCCGACCUGAGCGCCCUCGCCCCAUUCGGCCCCUCCCCCCCACCCCCAUAUUUAGCGUGAAUCCGAUCCGGGGCCGGGCCCGGCGCUACUUAACGGGCCCGGUGUCCUGGAGAGCCCCGGGCAGAGCGAGGCCAGGACUCCGGGGCGAUGAUGAUGGUUCUGCAGCCCGAGGGCCUGGGGGCCGGGGAGGGGCCCUUCGCGGGCGGCGGCGGCGGCGAGUACAUGGAACAGGAGGAGGACUGGGAUCGCGACCUGCUGCUGGACCCGGCCUGGGAGAAGCAGCAGCGGAAAACCUUCACUGCCUGGUGCAACUCCCACCUGCGCAAGGCAGGCACCCAGAUCGAGGACAUCGAGGAGGACUUCCGCAACGGCCUCAAGCUCAUGCUGCUCCUCGAGGUCAUUUCAGGAGAGAGGCUGCCCCGGCCAGACAAAGGCAAGAUGCGCUUCCACAGAAUCGCCAACGUCAACAAGGCCCUGGACUUCAUCGCCGGCAAGGGGGUUAGGCUGGUGUCCAUCGGGGCUGAAGAGAUCGUGGAUGGGAACCUGAAGAUGACGCUGGGCAUGAUCUGGACCAUCAUCCUGCGCUUUGCCAUCCAGGACAUCUCCGUGGAGGAAACCUCGGCCAAGGAAGGCCUGCUGCUGUGGUGCCAGCGGAAGACAGCGCCGUACCGCAACGUCAACGUGCAGAACUUCCACACCAGCUGGAAGGAUGGCCUGGCCCUCUGUGCGCUCAUCCACCGGCACCGCCCCGACCUCAUCGACUACGCCAAACUGCGCAAGGAUGACCCCAUUGGGAACCUGAACACGGCCUUCGAGGUGGCAGAGAAGUACCUGGACAUCCCUAAGAUGCUGGACGCGGAAGACAUCGUGAACACCCCAAAGCCGGAUGAGAAGGCCGUCAUGACCUACGUGUCCUGCUUCUACCACGCCUUCGCCGGCGCCGAGCAGGCAGAGACAGCCGCCAACCGGAUCUGCAAGGUGCUGGCUGUGAACCAGGAGAAUGAGAAGCUCAUGGAGGAGUACGAGAAGCUGGCCAGCGAGCUGCUGGAAUGGAUCCGCCGCACCAUCCCCUGGCUGGAGAACCGUGUGGGCGAGACCAGCAUGGGCGCCAUGCAGCGCAAGCUGGAGGACUUCCGGGACUACCGGCGCCUGCACAAGCCGCCCCGCGUGCAGGAGAAGUGCCAGCUGGAGAUCAACUUCAACACGCUGCAGACCAAGCUGCGGCUGAGCCACCGGCCCGCCUUCAUGCCCUCCGAGGGCAAGCUGGUCUCGGACAUCGCCCACGCCUGGCGGGGGCUGGAGCAGGCGGAGAGCGGCUACGAGGACUGGCUGCUCGCGGAGAUCCGGCGUCUGCAGCGGCUGCAGCACCUGGCCGAGAAGUUCCAGCAGAAGGCCUCCCUGCACGAAGCCUGGACUCGGGGAAAGGAGGACAUGCUGAGCCAGCGCGACUAUGAGUCGGCGUCGCUACAGGAGGUGCGGGCGUUAAUCUGGCGCCACGAGGCCUUCGAAAGCGACCUGGCGGCGCACCAGGACCGCGUGGAGCACAUCGCUGCGCUGGCCCAGGAGCUCAAUGAGCUGGACUACCACGAGGCGGCCUCGGUGAACAGCCGCUGCCAGGCCAUCUGCGACCAGUGGGACAGCCUGGGCACGCUGACCCAGAAGAGGCGGGAUGUGCUGGAGAGGAUGGAGAAGCUGCUGGAGACCAUCGACCAGCUGCAGCUGGAGUUCGCACGGCGGGCAGCGCCGUUCAACAACUGGCUGGACGGUGCCGUGGAGGACCUGCAGGAUGUCUGGCUGGUGCACUCCAUGGAGGAGGCCCAGAGCCUGCUGACAGCACAUGAGCAGUUCAAGGCGACGCUGCCCGAGGCUGACCGAGAGCGGGGUGCCAUCCUGGGCAUCCAGGGUGAGAUCCAGAAGAUCUGCCAAACGUACGGACUGCAGCCCAUCUUGGCCAACCCCUACAUCACCCUCAGCGCGCAGGACAUCAACACCAAGUGGGACACGGUCCGAAAGCUGGUGCCCCGCCGUGACCAGAUGCUGCAGGAGGAGCUGGCACGGCAGCAGGCCAACGAGAGGCUCCGGCGACAGUUUGCAGCCCAGGCCAAUGCGAUCGGGCCCUGGAUCCAGGGGAAGAUGGAGGAGGUGGGGCGCCUGGCAGUGGGCAUGGCUGGCUCUCUGGAGGAGCAGAUGGCUGCACUGAGGCAGCAGGAGCAGGUCAUCAUCAACUACAAGAACAACACUGACCGGCUGGAGGGCGACCACCAGCUGCUGCAGGAGAGCCUGGUGUUCGACAACAAGCACACCGUCUACAGCAUGGAGCACGUCCGUGUGGGCUGGGAGCAGCUGCUCACCUCCAUCGCCCGCACCAUCAACGAGGUGGAAAACCAGGUGCUGACCCGAGACGCCAAGGGCCUGAGCCAGGAUCAGCUCAAUGAGUUCCGGGCCUCCUUCAACCACUUUGACCGGAAGCGGAAUGGGAUGAUGGAGCCUGAUGACUUCCGGGCUUGCCUCAUCUCCAUGGGCUACGACCUGGGGGAAGUGGAGUUUGCGCGCAUCAUGACCAUAGUGGACCCCAAUGCAGCUGGGGUCGUGACCUUCCAGGCUUUCAUCGACUUCAUGACCCGAGAAACAGCCGAGACGGAUACAGCUGAGCAGGUCGUGGCCUCCUUCAAGAUCCUGGCGGGAGACAAGAACUACAUCACCCCCGAGGAGCUGCGGAGGGAGCUCCCAGCCGAGCAGGCGGAGUACUGCGUCCGACGAAUGACACCCUACAGGGGGCCUGGGGCGCCCGCUGGCGCCCUGGACUACAUGGCCUUCUCCAGCGCCCUCUACGGCGAGAGUGACCUCUGACUUCAGACCCGGACGAGGUUUCCGUGCAAGUAGGAAAGAGGGCGCUCCCUCUGGCUGUCCCGUCCAUCUCUCAGAGCACGGACCCUCAGAACGAGCAGCAAACUUUCAGAAUAAAGAUCCAUCGUGGGUUUCA